AUGAAGGUUUUGACUGCAGAUAAUGACAAACCAGUUCUGUGCCUUUUUGCCACAAGAGAUACAAUUGCAGGAGAAGAAAUAUUGUACGACUAUGGUCAGAAAAAUUACCUGUGGGAGAAUAAGGUACACCAAUAAUCAGAUUUUCUUCACACAUUUUUAGGACAAACAAAACUGAAAAAAUUCCCUUCGAGAGAGUAAUUAAUUCUCAUCAUCAUUAUGAAAAACAGGCAGUCUUUAUUAUAAUAAGUUGUAUUUAUUAUAAGUUUGUGUUAAAUCAUGUCGGCAUGCAGAGCUUCCAUUAUGUUAGGUUUAAACGCAUUCAAGGAUCAUGCAGGUCUUACAGUAGUAAUAUUUUAUUCUUGAUUAUAUUACAUUUUCUGAACAAAAAAUUACAAAGAUAACUAUAUUUAUCUACCUGGAGAGUUAAUCUGUUCCAAAAACGUGAACCAACUUCCAACUUGCCUUAAGUGAAUAAGUGUUGAGCAUAAAAUGCCUUAUCAAAUAUCUAACACAUUUUAAUUGCAUAACCCGUUAUAUCGAUAUAUAGUUUGUCAUAAUUUGGUAAAUUUGAAGAAUCUGGUUAUGCUUACAGUCACGGCAAUAGAAGCAUUCCCAAGAAUUUUGAUCAGUUGAUUUCCUAACUUUUACGAAUUCAUUUGACGAGUUCCUCAAGUUGUUGCCAAUUCAAACUACAGUCAACUUCCUGCGUUCAUCCUAUUGAUUACUUAAUUACUACUGUAAGCAAAACCUGAUAGGUAGUUGUCAACAUUUCGAGGAAGUUAUCAAUAUUUUGAGGAACUCAUCAAAUGAAUUCGUAAAAGUUAGGAAAUCAACUGAUCAACAUUUUUCAGAACGCUUCUAUUGCUGCGACUGUAACUACGCCACCAUGAUUAAAAUAACCAGAUCCUUACAAUGUAAUAUAUUCUGGUCAGUAAUUUUACCAGGACAUCUUGGUUAAACAAUGUAAUCAGAUUCCAGGUUGAACUAAGCAGGAUACAGUUUAUAGUGUAGUGCGCUUCCUCUAACUCAAGUCUCAAAGUUGUUCAUGAUUGAAAUGGCAUUUUAAAAAUAUAUUGUCAAAUCUAACUCCACACGCGGAAAAUGAAAUCGAAUCUCAGCAUGGCUUGGUGGAGCAGAUUAAUGUUGAGGAAAACUGUGAUAAGGUAUCCUGCCUAUGCCAUUCCAGAUUGGAGGUGGAAAUGUUACGUGUGGUCUUUUCACAUGAGAAAUAAAAUUAGAAAAUUUCCCAAUAAAAAUUGUUUUCACGAUGGAUAGCACGUAAACAUAGAAAUGAACUAAUUACGGAUUCUUAAAUCUACAGGCUGUAAAUGAAAUCAAAUGUCAGCAUGGCUUGGUGGAGCUGAUUUUUGAGAAAAACUGUGAUAAAGUAUGCUACAGGACUGCAAAUAAAUAUUUGACUUCACAGGACAUUUGUCCGAUCACUUUUAAUUUUGGUCGGACAUAACUUGAAUUUGGUCGGACAAAAACCAACAUCACUACCUUUUGAUCAGACAUAUAUACGUCACAAGAUAUAUAUAAGUCACGAGACAAGUAUGCAUGUAUAUAGCCAUUCCGGCGCAACGUUAAGUAAAAUGCUAGAAUGCUUCGUAAACUUUAUUGCAAAAUGCAAAUUGAGUGAAUUUGCAAUCGGAUUUUGUCACAGCAAAAAAAGUAUAAUUUUUUUGUGAUCAGACCAAUGUCCGAUCAAAAUGACUUUUGCUUGGACAUUUGCCAAAUUUAGUCGGACAUUGUCCAAUGUCCGACAAUAAUUUGCAGCCCUGAUGCUAUAUGUUAUGUUUUCUUCAUUAGAGGAAUAAGCUUAGUUAAUUCCAAAAGUUCAAUGUAUAUAACAUGUCGAUAUGGGAGGUAUAGUGGAUUUUCAAGAUGUUUCCAAAGUUCAUAUUAUUUGUGCAAAAAUAAGAACAAAAUUAAUCAUUAAUAUCACAAUACUUAAGAAAAUGUUUCUUUGACCAAAAUCUACAGCCUACCAGCAAAAAAAGGCCUCAACGUGACAUGGUAAAGGAGAAGAUACCGCAAAAAACUGAUGAGGUACGGUAUGCUACGUUUUGUUCCUUUCAUUAAAACAAUCAAAUUAGCCAAUAUUUUACAUAUGAAACGCCUGUCAAAAAUAGAAAAGUACCUAUGCAUUGUUAUAUUUUGCGCUUACUUAUUUUAGCUUGCUUUUGUAAACGUUAUGCAUGAAGUGGAGAAAAUUGUUGAGAAAAACUGUGAAAAGGUAUGCUAUAUAUGAUGUUUUCUUCAUUAGUAGAGGAAUAAGCUUAGUUAAUUCCAAAAGUUCAAUGUAUAUAACAUGUCGAUUUAGGAGUUAUAUUGGAUUUUCAAGAUGUUUUCAAAGUUCAGGUUAUUUGUGCAAAAAUAAGAGCAAAAUUAAUCAUUAAUACCACAAUAUUUAAGAAAUUUGUUCAAAAUCUACAGCCUACCAGCAAAAAAAGGCCUCAACCUGAUAUGGUAAAGGAGAUGAUAAUGGAAAAAUCGGAUGAGGUAUGCUACGUUUUGUUCCUUUCAUUAAAACGAUCAAAUUAAAACGACCAAUAUUUUACAUAUGAAACGCCUGUCAAAAAUGGAAAAGUACCUAUGUAUUGUUUUAUUUUGCGCUACUGAUUUUAGCUUGCUUUUGUAAACGUUAUGCAUGAAGUUUCAGUCAAAAACUGUUGUGCACUAUUUUUGAACUCAAAACAUCGGGACAACAUUUCAAACUGGAGGUGGAAUCUCAGAUCUCAAAAGUAGUGUCUAAUUUAUUUAUUCAGCAAUAUUUGAAAAAGGUUCUUUUUUAACUAAACGUACAGCAUGUCAAUGACAAAGGUCCUCAUUUUGGCAUGAAUGAGGAGAUUGCAAAGGAAAAAUUUGAUAAGAUAUGACUGAUAUUCAAUAGGUACGUGUGUUCUUUUCACAGGAGAGAUAAAAUUAGAAAAAUCCCCACUAAAAAUUUUUCUCACUGACGAUGGAUCGCACGUAAACAUAGAAAUGAAAUAAUUAUGGAUUCUUAAAUCUACAGGCUGUAAAUGAAAUCGAAUGUCAGCGUAGCUUGGCAGAGCAGAUCAAUGUUGAGGAAAACUGUGAUAAGGCAUGCUACAUAUAUGUUAUGUUCUUUUCAUUGAAGGAAUAAAAUUGGAACAUUUCAAAAAAUGAAAUCACACGUUUCUAUUUAAGGAUUUUAACAAUCUGUAAUUAAUCACUAUUUAGAUUUCCAGUCGUGAUGACACCCACAAUUCUACAAAUGCUGGUAAAGUAAAAUUCUAUUUUCCAUGGUAUAUUGAGUUUUGUCAUCCUGAAUGUCAUCAAUUUUGACCUGUGUUUUUGUGAUAUAUCUGUUAACAUAAUUGUGUAUUAUUAUAUCAGCUAGACGUUCACCGACCAAAAUUAUUUAUUUUUAGCAACUAUCUAGUGCCUUUACCGGAAUGCCUAUCGACCAGUGCAUUUUCUAAAAUUAUUAUUGUAUCAUUAGAUAAUACCAUUAAUAUUUGGAACCUGACCAUGAGAUUUGGCCUGUUUUAAACGUUGCGCUUCUCACGUGCCGAACGCCUAAAAACAAUGUAUAAACUAAUCCGCUGAGGUGUCUCAUUAUCAUCAUUAUCUGUUGUGGUUGAUGCGUUUCUCCACACGAGAAACGUGAUGUUUGAAACGGGCCAUGGUUUCAUGAAUGUGGGUAAGUUUGGAUUAUUGUCUUAUUCUCAUAUAUUAUAUUUAUAUAGUACGCCUGAUAAGAGGCACUGAAACUGUUGGGUUAGGUUUAGUAAUGCCGGACUUCGAGAAAGUGCAUGGGUAUCAACUAACCACUGGCUGGAAGGCCGUGCACAUUACAACCCUUUUUGUGGAAAACCUGGAAUGCUUAUCCGACUGGUGGAGGGACCAUUGGGGAGGAAAGCUUCAGUGCUUGGCCUGAUGACAGGCUAGAAUAUUUUAUUGAAGAUAAAGGUGAGAAAAUCAUAGUAAUAUAAACUGAGCAUGAGACGAUUUUUAUAAAACACUGCAUAAAAUUGAAAAUUGGUAAAACCAAGUAUACUUGAACAGUCAUUGCAGCUAAACAUUUUCUGGCAAAAAUUUGACAUAAUUUACGUUUUAUAAACCCAAAGUUCCCGAAUUUAUAGUAUUUAGAAAGCACCAAUAUCCUAGACGGAUACGAACGAUGUAAACUAUUGAUUAGUAUCAAGGAGUUAUAAUCUGUUUAGCAAUUGGAUACGUUCGACUCACUUUUGUGAACUGAAUUGAGUCUUUCUAGGUACACAAAAAUUGCAAAAAAUCGCAUGUGAGAUAAUUGAUUUAUUGAGUUAUGUUUUAUAUAUAGAUAAUGAACGAGAAGAAUUUACACUUAAUUUAAUUAAUACAUAAGAAGUAUACAAAUGCAUUUCAUUCAUUUUUACUGUCUUUGAUGAGAGACAACACAAUUGUUGGCACUGGGGUCGUAUUGCCCCACCUAAAGUCUGCACACGAUUAUCAAAUAAAUGAUGGUUGGGUGGUUGUUUCCGUACACACCCUCAACACACAAAUCUUGCGUACUGGGAGCAGUUUCCCACUGGCUCAGGGGUGAUUGAGGAAAAUAGCUUCAGCACAUGGCUUCUGACUUGAAAAAAUGGUUUAUGUUUCUAGAGUCAUGUACAACUACUGUACGAAAUUGUAGUACAUCCUGUGCAAAGCAACGAAUUUGAAAAGUACUUAUAUAUUAUAACUUUUUUCAGAACAACAAUCAUCACGGCAGGAUCAGUUCACUUCUGCGAAAAUUGCCACGACAUCUGCAGGUAAGUUCGCACAAAUUCGCCAAUCAAAGUGAUUUUUGCCCCAAAACUCUUAACAUACACGUAUGACAACAAAUAUUGCUGGUUUCAAACUCUUUUCUAUAAUUUGGUAUUUUAGUCUUUUUUGAAAUUUGGUAUUUUAGUCUUUUUUGAAAAAUUAUUAUUUUUCUAGAAGUUGAUACUGAUUCACAGAAAGAAAGAAAUACGGGAAGUGAGAAUUUAUCCAAAAUUGUAGACAUUGAUAAAGACG